UGAACCAUGUUCGGUAACGGAGGCUUAGCUCUCCCGGUCUGCUCCUUCCUCCUGCUGCACCUCCCGGUUCUCCCGCUCAACAACAACUGGCACGUUAAGGACAGAAGUGGAGGGAGGGGGGAGCAGAGGGACACCCAUCCACAACCACACAGCACCGGAGGACAGAAUGUGAAACAGACGAAUGACAAGUGCCAGUACUUGCUCUGUCUACAAGGCUUCUCAGACCACCUACAUAUGCUGACUGAGCUGGAGGAAGUGUUUCAGUGGUGGGGAGAGUGGUCCAGUUGGUCCUCCUGCUCCAGGAGCUGUGGAGGAGGAGUAAGGAGUCAGGAGAGACACUGUCUUAUACAAAGGCUGUCCACCACCCAGAAUGUAAACAGCUCAUACUGUGUGGGCUCUCCUAAACAGUACCAGCUCUGUCCAAACCAGCCCUGUCCCAGCCCCAGUGUUAGCUUUAAACAGCACCAGUGCUCCCAGUUCAACUCCAAAGCCUUUGGAAGGAGAUACUUCCAGUGGAUACCUCUUUAUCCAGCUGAUUACAUCAGCAUCUCCAAUAAGCCAUGUGACCUGCAGUGUACAACCAUCGGAGGCGAGAGGCAGCUGCUGGUUCCUGCCCAUGACGGCACAUUCUGCCGCGAUACCAAAUACCAUGGAGUCUGUAUAGAGGGAAUCUGCCAGCCCGUGGGCUGUGACGGGCAGCUGUACAGCAGUAAGACUGUAGACAGAUGUGGUGUCUGUGGAGGAAACGGGACUUCAUGCCAUCGUGUGUCGGGAACAUACAGGAAGGCACUCACACAGUUAGGCUAUGUGUUUAUCGCCAACAUUCCAGCUGGAGCUUCAGACAUUCAGAUCAUAGAGAGACACAAGACUGAGAACAUCCUGGCCCUGUCUGAUGAGGCGGGGCACUUUUUCUUUAAUGGACACUCGGUUUUUGAUAACCCUCAAAACUUCCGAGUGGCAGGAACCGUGUUUAAAUACCGACGCCCCAGUAACGUGUUCUCUGAUGGGCUGGAGUACAUCAUUGCUCAGGGGCCCACUCAUCAGGGCCUGAAUGUGAUGUACUACAACUUGAACGGGAAGCUCCCCCAUAUCACCUACGAGUUCACUAUCCCAUCCCGUGACGUCACAGCGGAACACAUCACCACAGGCCCCGCCUACAGCACCCUUAACCUCACCCAUAAUGUGGUCAACGAGGGUGUCAGAGGGGAUCGAUUUCAGACGUCCAAUCAGAGCAGAGGGAGUGCAUCGUCCUUUCAUCACUACAACACCCAGCUGGGAGCCGAUGACCGAUCAGACGUCCAUCUGCAGGAGGAAGAGGAGGACGGAGAGGAAGAGCUGGUGUGGGAGAUCAGGACGCCCAGUCCACCACCACCGGCAGCCAUGUUGGUCUACAGGCCUGCUGAUGUCACCAGUCAUGUGAUCAACCAUAAUGACGUUGAAGAGCUGGGACCACCAGCACCAUCUGGCUACAGAGGAUCCUCUAACUCCAUUGAUGAGCCAUCCACUGCUGAUGACAACACUCUGCUGCUCUCCUUCCCAGGCAGUCACAGUGUUCCUGCUGCAUCUCUGCCCGAAGACGCCCCCUACCUGUUCCUGGAGGAAUUACACUACAACCAGACACAAAUAAAUACACACUCCCUCACCCAGUCCAAUACACACUCCAUCAACUACACAAACACUGAUGCACAUGUCGAGACACCGUCCUCCACCGACAAAGAAAUACACACAAAAAUACACACAGAAAGUGACACACACUUGGACGCACACCCUGCUGUGGUGGUGCGGCUGCAGCAGGUGUCAGCCGUCCAGGCAGCCGGUACAGAAAGUAAUGAUUUCGACGUGGGUCUGGAUCCUGACGUGAGCCUGGCAGACAUGUACCGCUGGAAGGUUUCUGCUUAUGCUCCAUGCAGCUCCACCUGUACAACAGGUAUCUCCACUAGUUAUGCCCUCUGUGUGCGGUAUGAUGGAAGUGAAGUGGACGACAGUUACUGUGACUCUCUGGCAAGGCCUGAGCCAACACAUGAGUUCUGUACUGGGAAGGAGUGUCCUCCAAGGUGGGAGACAAGUGGAUGGAGUGAAUGCUCUCGAACCUGUGGAGAGGGCGUCCAGUAUCGAACCGUGCGCUGCUGGAAGAUGCUGUCACCUGGUCUUGAUUCAUCUGUCUAUGACUCGCUGUGUUUGUCACAUGACCUCCACAAACCAGCCAAUAGGAAGGUCUGCGUUGGCCAGAGCUGUGGACCACAGUGGGAGGUGUCAGAGUGGUCAGAGUGUUCAGCUCGCUGUGGCUCUCGGGGGGUUCGUACUCGAGAGGUUCGUUGCUCAAUGGAAAUGAGACUCUGUAACAAGUCCUCUCAGCCAAUAGAGAGCCAGGAAUGUGAAGGCCCGCCCUGUGACAGAAGAUGGACGGUUACUGACUGGGGCCCUUGCUCAGGUGUGUGUGGGGAAGGGAGGAUGGUGCGUGCUGUGAUGUGUCGAUCAUCAGGUGGAGUGGUGAUGUCAGAGGAGCAGUGCGACCAAUCACUGCGUCCGCUGGCCAUCCAUCCCUGUGGAGACCCAGACUGCGCCCCCCACUGGGUGGAGCAAGAAUGGCAACAGUGUAAUGCUACAUGUGGGCGUGGCCUGCGGCAGCGUCAGGUGGUGUGUGCGGGACUGGAAGGCGGUGUGUUUAAAGAGUUUCCAGAAAGCAGCUGUGACUCGAGCAAAAGACCGGAGAGUAGCUCACCAUGUUUCCAGAGACCGUGCUCCAAAUGGUUUACCACCUCCUGGUCCCAGUGCAGUAAGACUUGUGGGAGCGGUGUCCAGGUUCGAGAGGUGAAGUGCUACCAGGGGGAGGAGCUCGUCACUCGGGGCCACAGCUGCGACUCUGCCCUGAAGCCAGAGGCCCGUCAGAGCUGCGAGAUCCAGAGCUGUCCGACUGAGCCUCCAGCAGCAGCCAUGCCGGCGGCGGCGGUGGCUGUAGAUGAUUCCUGCCAAGACAAACCAACAGCAAACUGUGCACUGGUCCUGAAGGUGAAACUGUGCUCUCACUGGUACUACAGGAAGGCGUGCUGCCAGUCCUGUAAGGCACCAAGACCCUGAAGUCUGAACUGAAACCACUCACCUCAAACCACUGGUACCAAAGCUCACAUGGUGCUACAUAAAGCCUGCUGCUAGAAAUGUUCAGCCUCAUGACAUUUGCCCAGAGAUAUCUGCAUGUAGGUGCUGCGUUUGGGCUUCUGACUUAUCUAUGUGAAUGCCAUUUUGGAGAGUGGUAGACAUGUAUUUAUAUUCAAGGUAAUAUGAUCAUUCAAAAAUCCUUUAAUUGUACAAUUAUUAUCUCAUUUAUUCAGGGGAAAACAGCAGAUUGGUGCUUUCUUAAGUAAAGGCAAUGGUCUAGGAUGGCAAAUCUUCAAAUGUUGGUGUGUUUUAGAGAGCUGCCUUUCCUUAACGUAGAGUUGCAAGAAGCCAGUAGACCAGGGGUAUCACUCUCAAUCACAGCAGGAGCCAGAUUCUGACUUUGGGUCUAACCUGAGGGCCUAGCAGGUUCAAUAUUUAACCAUAAAAUGUCAACCUUGCUUUCACCAGAAAUGAAUGGAGGGGGUGAUACUGGGGGGAUGAUAAAUGAUUUUGAUAUAAAAAAGUCAACAUGAUAAGUCUUAAGGCUCAAAAUCUG